UCUAUAGAAAACAGGUGGGAAUUGAAACCCGUCCGCGGUCUCCUCGCCAUAUUGCAGCGGCGUUAGUUCAUCAUCGCCUCAUCCGGCGGGUUUAAGAGCCUCAGCGGCUUAGAGUCGCUGUGGAUGUGAACCUGGAGGAGCUGGACGGAGUCUGAGUGGACAGUGCUGUGGAGUUCUGGCUGGUGCUGUGGAGAUUGGCUCUCUCUGAUGAAGAGUCUGGAGGUGGUGGUGUCUCUCUGAGCACCUCUCUGACCCGAGAACGCCCGGUGUGUGUAGUGUGUGUGCAGUAUGUCGGUCUCCAGCACCCCCACCAGUAACGAUGCCUGUCUGAGCAUCGUGCACAGCCUGAUGUGCCACCGGCAGGGCGGCGAGAGCGAGUCCUUCUCCAAGCGGGCGAUCGAGAGCCUGGUGAAGAAGCUGAAGGAGAAGAAGGAUGAGCUGGACUCGCUCAUCACUGCGGUAACCACCAACGGAGCGCACCCCAGCAAGUGUGUGACCAUCCAGCGCACGCUCGACGGACGGCUGCAGGUGGCGGGUCGUAAAGGGUUUCCUCAUGUGAUCUACGCUCGUCUGUGGCGCUGGCCUGACCUGCACAAGAACGAACUGAAGCACGUUAAAUACUGCCAGUACGCCUUUGAUCUGAAGUGCGACAGCGUGUGUGUGAACCCGUACCACUACGAGAGGGUGGCGUCUCCGGGUAUCGAUCUGUCUGGACUAACUCUGGGCGCAGGUCCCAGUGCGGGGCUGCUGGUGAAGGAGGAGUUCGAAGGUCAGCCGUCUCACUCCAGCUCUGAAGGCUCUCACGGUAUUCAGACCAUUCAGCACCAGCCCGCCCCCUCGCAGCCGGCUCCGCCCACCGCCACACGCCCCGCCCUCCCGGACACCUUCAGCAGCCCCACUCUCCUGCCCCCUCCUGAUGCUGCGAGCUCCGCCUCCAGCUCCGCCUUCCCCACCAUGGCUGCAGGACCAGCCACAGCGGCCGGUCCGUGGCCCAGAUCAAGCGGCUUCAGCCUGCAGCACCAGAACGGCCAUUUACAGCACCAUCCGCCACAGUACUGGCCUGUGCACAAUGAGCUGGUCUUUCAGCCCCCCAUAUCUACCCACCCAGCCCCGGAUUACUGGUGCUCAAUAGCAUAUUUCGAGAUGGACGUGCAGGUGGGCGAGACCUUUAAGGUGCCGUCCUCGUGUCCCGUGGUGACGGUGGAUGGUUAUGUGGAUCCGUCCGGAGGAGACCGGUUCUGCCUGGGUCAGCUGAGCAACGUGCACCGCACCGAGGCCAUUGAGAGAGCCAGGCUGCAUAUUGGUAAGGGAGUGCAGCUGGAGUGUAAGGGUGAAGGUGACGUCUGGGUGCGAUGCCUUAGCGACCAUGCAGUGUUUGUCCAGAGUUACUAUCUGGACCGGGAAGCUGGUCGAGCUCCGGGCGAUGCUGUGCACAAAAUCUACCCCAGCGCCUACAUCAAGGUGUUUGACCUGAGGCAGUGCCACCGGCAGAUGCAGCAGCAGGCAGCUACGGCUCAGGCGGCAGCAGCAGCACAGGCGGCAGCAGUGGCAGGAAACAUCCCAGGACCCGGCUCAGUUGGAGGCAUCGCACCAGCCAUCAGUCUGUCGGCUGCUGCAGGUAUAGGUGUGGAUGACCUGCGGCGACUCUGUAUUCUGCGUAUGAGCUUUGUGAAGGGCUGGGGUCCUGACUAUCCUCGUCAAAGCAUCAAAGAAACCCCAUGCUGGAUUGAGAUCCAUCUGCACAGAGCCCUUCAGCUGUUGGAUGAAGUUCUACACACCAUGCCCAUAGCUGACCCCCAGCCGCUAGACUAACCUCCUAAGGUGGACCCCCAGCCAAUAGACUGACCUGAACCAUGCCUAUAGCUGAACCCCAACCACUAGACUGAUCUGCCCAACACUGACUCACAGCAGCUAGACUGACCUACACAGCAUAGACUCCUGAGUGACCCUUACCUGACUUACAGCAUGCCUAUAGCUGACCCCCACCAUGACUGACCCUAACUGACUAACACUCCUGCACUCAACUCCAGCGUCCUUUGAAAUGAGGUCCCCUUUUCUGUUUUACACAAAAAUGGUUCUAAAAGGAACUUCAGUGAGGAAUAUCUCAAUAUCUCAGCGCUGAAUCCAUAGAGCAGCCGUUUAAAGACUUUGUGCCAAAUCGUAACAUUGGACGUAGCUUUGAUGAGCAGGUGUAAGCCUUAAGAUAUGUGGUUACUAGCCUGCUCUAAUUAGCGUACAUCUUACACAGUGUGACCGUGUGACGUGAAGGACCCAGGACUGCAAACGAGUGGAGUUUCCAUUUAACCUCUAAAACCCCACCACUGCACACGCACGCAUCCCCCUCCCCGACCGAAGGAACGUUCACUCAUCACUGUGAUCCAGGGUGCAGCCCAACAGUCCGGAAACGGAAACCUCGUCCACGCUGAAGAGACACGCAGGAGGACUCGAUGACCACUCGAACGGGAUUAGUGUUUGUUGACCCUGAGAGAAACCGUAUUCAUUCAUGAGCUCUCAGUUUAAGUGAAAUUGUUGUGAAUGGAGCUGAAAGACUCGUAAAGACUCGAACAGGACACUGAACACUAACAGCCACCUGAAACACUAGCAGCACAUCCUGAAGCCUGCAGGGGGAGCAUUGGAGCUGCUCUGCAGUUGGUCAGGCAGGUCUACACAGUGAGUUAAGGACUAGGAGCUUGUGGUUUUAGACAUCAGAUUAUGUAUUUUCUAAAGUAGAUCAUGAGUUUAUAUCCAGCAGAUGGAGAGUUAACCAGUGAUUUACGGUUCUGCUCCGUACGGUGCCCCACUCUUCUUCUCUGAUGGACAGAAUCUUCCCCCUAACUCAGAUUGUAUCCGGCCCAGACGAGGCUCGGGCUGCUUUGGAUUUUCACCAUAUUUUUGUUAAAGGUUCCACAGUGUACAUUACUAUUGCAUUUAUAGGGAGGUUUGCAGUAGCUAAACUUGUUAGGGACGACACUGUAACGUGUUGGAAAUAAAUGUGUUCGUGUAAAUAAACGUGUGGAAAAUG